AUGUUGUGGGCAAAGCAACUGUAUACUAAAUCGAGCAAAUGUGAGUUCUGGCUAAAGGAAGUAAAGUUCUUGGGUCGUGUAAUUACCCGAGAUGGAGUAGCGGUGGACCUAAGUAAGAUAGAAGCCAUGUUGAAUUGGGAACGACCCAAGACGAUAAUCGAGGUGAAAAGCUUUCUGGGACUGGCAGAGUACUAUAGGAGGUUCAUAUGGGAUUUUUCUUGGAUUGCCCUACCGCCGACCAAGCUCACAUCGAAGAAUCAAUUGUUCGAUUGGAAUGCUAAGUGUGAGGCUAGCUUUCAGGAGUUAAAGCAAAAAUUGACCUCGACUCCCAUGCUGAUAAUCCCCGAUCCUAUGGUGCCAAAUGUGGUGUAUACAAAUGCGAUCUGUGACACUUCGCCGCAGCCAACCCCUGUCUUCGCCGUGGCGAAGUGGUUCGUUGUCUCUUGUGUUGCUCUCGAUGAUGUUUCGCCCUGGCGAACUUAUGAUCCUGGGCAGCAGCUGUAG